AUGGCAUCUAUCCAACUUUGCAGGGAUACCUUGGAGACCGACGAACAUAUGAAGCUUGUCAAAGGUGAUGUUUCCAAAACAUCGACAUACGCAAACACCCGCUUGGAGGAGGAGCUAAUAACCGCACCUCUAUUCUCACUCUCUGCUUGUGAGGCUCUGGAUAGCGAGCGCCUGAAUAACGAGGAAAACCUCAACGGAGACCCCACAUACCCCCAGUAUGGACUGCUUGGUAUGCGCAAUCGAUCCGCCAACACCGAACCAGAACAAGAGGAUCUUGUGUACGCCAACGUGUCGGCGCCCUGGUCUGCCUUCAUCUGCGGCAGCCAAGGAAGUGGAAAGAGUCAUACCUUGUCCUGCCUGCUGGAAAAUGCAUUGAUCGCAUCCUCCCCUGCCGGGCAGCUAUCGUCACCUCUGGCUGGACUAGUCAUUCACUAUGACAAGUUCACAGCCUUUUCCAGCACGCAGCUGUGCGAGGCGGCGUAUCUUUACUCCUCGGAUAUCCCUGUCCGAGUUCUGGUGUCCCCAACCAAUUACCUUGCCAUGAAGAAGGCAUACGAAACACUGUCAGGCGGUUCCAAAAAGCUGAAGGUUCAGCCACUCUAUCUGCCCCAGAAGGACCUCAACAUUGGCAUGAUGAAGACCCUGAUGAGCAUCGGCAACAGAACCGAGCAGCCUCUUUACAUCGAGGUCGUGAUGAAGAUCCUUCGGGAUAUGGCCAUAGCCAACCAGGGCAAGUCGGGUUUCAACUACACCGCAUUCAAACUUCUUCUGCAGCGUGAGCAGUUCGUAAAAGGCCAGCUUAUGCCUCUUAAUAUGCGCUUGGAGGUUCUCGAAUCGUUUUUUGAGCCUGGAUCUGUGCCUGGUGCAAAUCCCGAUAAGCCAAAGCAACAUGAUGCUGAUGAUGUCUGGAAGUUUCCUCCGGGCACUUUGACAAUAAUCGAUUUGAGCUGCCCGUUCGUUGGCCAAGAAGAUGCGUGCGCUCUUUUCAACAUCUCGGUUUCCUUGUUUUUGAAGAACCGCCACGAUACGGGUCGCAUCAUUGCUCUCGAUGAGGCGCAUAAAUUUAUGACUUCGGCCUCACCAGAAGCCGCGGAUCUGACGGAGACACUGCUAUCUGUCGUCCGCCAGCAGCGACACUUGGCCGCGCGAGUGAUCAUAGCAACACAGGAGCCAACUCUUGCACCGGCACUGCUUGAACUUUGCAACGUGACAAUUAUCCAUCGCUUCUCGUCGCCAGCUUGGUUCAAGGCGAUCAAAUCACACAUCGCGGGAGCUGGGGUUGAGAAACUUAGUCCAGACACAGCGGCCUCGUCGACCGUCUUUCACAAGAUUGUUCGUCUGCCAACUGGGGAGGCUUUGGUAUUUUGUCCAACAGCCCUGUUAGAUAUCACAAAGCACAGCGACCAGCAGAGUGAGAAGUCUUCAAGUGUUACCUCUUCCAGUAGGUCAGAUACUCCAGAUGAUCCGUCCUCUGCGGACAGCACCCAGGUUACGACAACCGACUCGGAAUCUCAAGACGAGUCUACUUUGCAUCGCGUCAUUCAACUCGGAACAGCAUAUGCCCACAUUCGUGUGCGGAAUAGGGUCACCGUUGACGGUGGUCGCAGCGUGCUUGAGCGUUAA